AUGAGGUCAACCGAAAGAAAUCUACGGAAGUUUCCUCUCGUCCUUGCUCUUCUUAGUCUGGUCAGCUAUACCCUAGCCGACACGUGUAGUUGCGGUUACGCACAAGGCGCGGAUGUUAUCUGGACCGACAGCAUUGAGACUGACUUUACUGCCGUGCGCGACAUCGAAACUUUCCAAGACUGGGCCGUACAGAAAUGGACUUCAGCUCGAAAUGUCUCCGAAGCACCUUACGGCCGUCUCCGUGAGGCGCGGAACGUCGUCGCCAAUCCCGCAACGGGCGGUGACGGAUCCAUAGGAAAAGAUGGCAGCCAGGCAGGUCUACAGUUGUAUGUUCGCUCUGCUCUUGAGGACGACAAUACACUCGUGCCUGUUGGCGAAAUCUUCUCGAAAAGAGAAGACAUUCAAUAUGGCUCGUUUCGGGCUGGCAUACAGACUUCCAGUAUAAAUGGCACUGUCAGCGCCUUCUUCUGGUACCGGAACGCAACUCAAGAGGUAGACAUGGAGCUUCUCUCCGCCGAGACAACAGCGAAUAACUCGACCCUCAACAUGGUGUUGCAGUCUUGGCAAUCGCUCUGGGCCGGCAGCGACGCAUCCAAAACUGCCGGCUUCAAGAAGGAUGUGUUGCCAUUCAUCGCAGAUGACGCGGUACACGAGUAUCGAUUUGACUGGACACCAACCUCCGUGUCCUUCUACGUCGAUAGCAACCACCUAUGGACAAACACCCUCCCCGACUUCGUUCCUUCGAGUCCGGGAUACCUUGUUCUUAACCAUUGGAGCAACGGCAACAGCGGCUGGUCCCGGGGGCCGCCAAAAGAAGAUGCGAGAAUGAUUGUCACUUACGUCAAGGCGUACUUCAACUCCACUGAUCCGGUACGGCAGCGCGACUUUUCGUCCGCUUGCCGGAAACCGAGUAGUGAUAACAUCUGCCAAAUUACGCCACAGGCUGAGCCACCCAUUUGUCGAAAGCCCGGUGGAUGUGAGGGCGGGACGAUGACUGUCUCAAGCGCUGCAUCGACGGGCAAAGUACUGAGUGCGAUUUUGAUAUCGAUUGUUGGCAUGGCGGCUGUGUGGCUCGCUGGUAUUUGA